GUGGUACAUUUAAUUUAAAAAGUAGGAUUAAAUUGAUAAAAAUGAAAUUAGGAGCACUUCAGUAUGAAAACCGUUGUUUCUCUUGACAUAUUAAAAAUUUUUUUUCCUGUUAUUUUUCCAGUUCUAUCUGCAGUGGGUGGCAUCUCCUCCCUCAGUACCGAUGCCGUGGUGGGAGUUUCAGUAGCAAUUCUGAUCGGCCUUUUUCUCUUCCAGCGGUUUGGGACGGAUAAAGUUGGAUUUUCAUUUGCACCCAUUAUCUCUGUUUGGUUUGCAUUCCUAACUGGUAUAGGUCUGUAUAACCUAUUCAAAUAUGAGGUGGGCGUGUUACGUGCUUUUAAUCCAUAUUACAUAGUCAGAUACUUCCAGAGAAAUGGAAAGUCAGGAUGGAUUUCUCUUGGUGGAGUGAUUCUUUGCAUCACAGGAACGGAAGCCAUGUUUGCUGAUCUAGGUCACUUCAAUGUCCGAGCAAUUCAAAUUAGCUUUUCCACAGUUGUAUUGCCAUCAAUUGUAAUUGCAUAUAUAGGACAAGCUGCGUAUCUCACCAAACACCCUGAACAUGUUGACAAGACGUUCUACAAAUCAAUUCCGCAUCCACUAUAUUGGCCACAAUUUGUAGUAGCUGUUUUGGCUGCUAUCAUUGCCAGCCAAGCUAUGAUAUCUGGAACAUUUUCGAUCAUAUCUCAGUCCUUAAGUCUUGGGUGUUUCCCAAAAGUUAAGGUAAUCCAUACCUCUGCUAAGUAUGAAGGACAGGUUUAUAUACCUGAGAUCAACUACAUGCUCAUGGUUGCCUGCGUUAUAGUCACUGCUGCAUUCAAAACCACGACAAAGAUCGGCAAUGCAUAUGGAAUUGCUGUUGUUGCUGUUAUGUUUAUCACUACAUCCAUGCUUACUCUUAUAAUGCUGGUUACAUCGAAGAUAAGCAUAUGGUGGAUUGCUCUCUUCUUUCUGAUUUUUGGGUCAAUUGAAAUUAUAUAUUUCUCCUCUGUCUUGUAUAAGUUUAUAGAGGGCGGCUACCUUCCCCUGGCCUUUGCCCUUGUCUUAAUGAUAACUAUGGCAAUAUGGUAUUAUGUAUACCGGAAAAGGUACUUGUUUGAGCUUGAGCAUAAGGUCUCUGGGGAAUACAUUAGACAACUGGCUGAAAAUCCAGCAAUAAGCAGGGUGCCAGGAAUAGGGCUUUUCUACUCUGAGCUUGUGCAGGGGAUACCUCCAAUUUUUCCUCAUUUCAUUGCCCAAGUCCCCUCCAUUCAUUCAGUUCUAGUGUUUGUCUCGAUCAAGAAGAUUCCUGUUACCAGAGUUGCAUUGGAGGAGAGGUUUAUGUUCAGACAGGUGCAGCCAAGAGAGUACAGGAUGUUCCGCUGUGUGGUCAGGUAUGGCUAUAUGGAUGUCAUGGGGGAACCUGAGGUGUUUGAGCGCCAGUUAGUUGAACACUUGAAGGAAUUCAUCCGCCAUGAGUACUUCAUUGCUGGAGGAAACAAUAAACCACCUGAAUCUGUAGAGGAGUCAACACAACAACAGAGCAACCUGUCUCGUGUUUCCUCUGGAUCAAUUCAGUCAUUCAAUGCAGCCAGGUCGAAUGCUUCUAGUCGAAUCAUAUCUGCACCCAUCCAGGGAGUUGAUGAGGAGAUACAGUUUGUGCAGAAUGCAAAGGAUGAAGGAGUGGUCUAUCUAUUGGGAGAAGCUGAGGUGGUAGCUGGGAAAAGGUCCACUAUUUUCCGGAAGAUAAUUGUGAACAAUCUUUACAGUUUUCUUAGGAGAAACUUCAGGCAAGGAGAGACAGUAUUGGUAAUCCCACACACCAGGGUUCUAAGGGUGGGAAUGACAUAUGAAAUUUGAGAUGAUCAUGGGCAGAAAUUUAUAGACGCUUAUGCAAAACCAGUAGUGCAAAACAUCUAAAUAUGUGCAUCCUUUUUUAUUCCUUAAAGAUGUGGGAUUGAUCUUUUUUUUUAUAUGGUAUAUGGUAUGCUUGAAUUAAAUAUAGUACAAAAUUUUGC